AUGAAGCUUAAAGAGUUCAAUGCUAAGGUGAAAUCACUUCCAUUCUAUGUCACUUUUGAAGAAGCUUGGGAUAAACAUGGUCUAGUGGAGUUCUUUUUCACAACUAGUGAAAACAAAGAAGAGAUACACCAACUUUUUCAGAAGGCACGAUUUCCCCAUGCCCCUCAUGCAGUCAAUCAACCACCAUCACCACCAUCAUCACCACCACCCAGUGGUAUGUCAAUUCCAUAUCAAGAGAGAAGCUUGCUGAGUUCAAUCAGUUUGUCCAAACUCUUCCAGCCAGCAUGUCUUUCCAAACAAGCUUGGCGCCACUACCCAUUCACCACCUUCUUCCACAACUGCAGAGAGACACCUGAGGACAUCAAAGAGCUUUUUGAGAAAGCUAAAGUUCAGCCUACCUUCAAGACCCUCUACAAGAUUGAAGACCCAGGUCAAUUCUCUAUUCCCUGUCAAGUAAAUGGUCAUUACUUUGAUAGAACACUAUGCGAUUCUGGCUCUUGCAUAAACCUCAUGCCAACCCAAACCGCCAAACUCCUUGGCAUCACACGCUUGCAACCUGCUCAAAUUAGUAUUGGACUUGCUAACCAUACUAUAGCCAAGCCAAGAGGAGUUGUUAUUGAUGUUCUUCUAGAGAUUGGAGAUAUCAAGAUCCCGGUGGACUUUCAUGUCAUAAACAUUCAAGGAGGAUGUGACACACCAUUGAUACUAGGCCGACCCUUUUUGGCCACUGCUGGAGCUGUCAUGGACCUUCCAAACCAGGCGAAUGUCCUUAGCCAAUGUUGA